AUGGUCACUCGAUUUGAAGAGUUGUACGGAGUUCGGUCAUCCAUGGGGCAGCAUCAGGCAAAACUGGAUAACUCUGGUCCUUCUCCUCCUCCAAUUUUUGGAUAUGAACCAGGUUAUGGAGCAUACCCUUUGGGGAAUCCACCGAGAGAAGUUUUAGCCAUUCAACAAUCCAGAAAGAAUGGGCAACCAAUUCCAAAGUUUGGAGAAGGAGCAGUCCUUUCUAGCCCAGGUGGGUUUCCUUUUCCUCCGUUCCAAGGCAGACCUGUAAUUCCGUUAGAUGUAUCAGCAUAUUUGGCUAACGCCCCACCAUUUCCAAAAGGCCCCAAUGAGAAAAAACAGCCAGUGCAACCUAGUAUAGCCGCUCCAGCAGAUACUCAUAUUGAUAUUGAUUUUGAUAUUGCUGAUCUGGAUGUUCCAUGUGAUCCAGGAAGAAAGAAUGGAAAAGAACUGAUCGUUAAAAAUGAUAAGCCUGCGAACUUCUUUAUGAAAUCUUUGUUAGAUAUUCCUUCGAGUUUCGCAAAGUGUUGUGAAGCUGUUCCGGCAGAUCCAAGUAAGGUGAAUAAUGUUACAGACUCGACGAGCCUCGAAGGCACUAAUUCUUUUCAGGAAACUUAUUAUGAUGAACCAGCUAAUGAGAACACUCAGCCGCCGCCAUUGCCACCUCGAAUGACAAGCUUGCCGCAGAAGAGCUUCUUCAAUCCCUUUGGAAUGCUUCCUAUGCCAAUUGUCAACAGCUUGGCAGAUUAUCCGAGUUCUACGGUUCUAACAACCAACGCUGAAGAAAUUUUUAAGAAGAAAUCGGAGGAUCGAAGAAGUGAAAAAGAAAUAGUUAUGCUUCUUGCUUCAUUGAUCAGACUAGUACCAGUGCUCUGGGCUCCCAAAUUUUCGACCAAGCUUGAAGUUCAACAAGUUGAAGAUGCCUGGGAAGAGAUUGGUAGAAAAGUUGGUUGUAGUGAUGUUUGGCCUCUGCAGCGCAUGAAAAUUGUAUGGUUGACUACUGUAGCCAAGUUCAGAAAAUCCAUCCACGACAAGAACUUUGAAUAUUACAAAGAGAUGGAGUUUUUAGUUCCAGUUAUAAAGAUAAAGACUGAUGUCGUCAAUCCUGUUAGGAAACCCGGAAGAAAAAGUACUUCUUCAACUUUUAUUCAAGAAUAUGAGGAUGACUACAUUCCACCACAGAAAAUCCGUAACAUAGCGUUUGCUGCUAUAUGA